AUGAAAACAAUCGAUUAAUAAAGACAAUAUAACAAUAAUUAUUUUUUUAAAUAGUGUUAAAAAAAGACAAAACCACUAAUAAAUCUGACUAUUUAAGGAUUUUAGAUGAGGAUUAUUAUCAAUAAAAAUAAUAAAUAAGAAAUGAUUUUAUGGUCAUUAAAGUUUUUAAUCAUCUAAUCAGCUUUUGGAUGGAGAGAUUAUAAAUAGGAUUUUCGCACAGUAUUUCCAGAUGGAAAUGAUUUAUGUCCUGAGUUUCAUGUACACAUGCCUGGUUUACAUCCACAUUAAUGUGUUUGUAAGAAUUAUUAAUAUUAUUAGCGUAUGCCUCUGUUUGUAAUGGAGUAACAGAAGUUUAAGCUAUAUUCUCUAAUAAUUUUUAUUAUUUAUGUCAUCCUAGGUUCAAAACAGAAAAUAUGACAAAAGAUGAAAUAUCAGUAUUUUGUUAACAUCCAUUUUACUUGAAAAUUGAACUUUCAUUUACUGAUGGAUUGAUGUAUUAUAGUUGUGAGAAAAAACGUGAAAUUGAAUUAUGCUUAAUACAUUUAGCUUACCCUAAAGAUUUCGAAAUUGAUUUAGGAUAUAUUUAUGAUUGUUAAUUUUGCAAACCUCCUUAUUUUGGAAGAGAUUGUUUAAAAAUAAACCCAGGAUACGAUUAUGAGAGAAGUAAAAAUUCUACUGGAGGUAUAUAUAAUUUUUAAGAUAGAUUGUGCUUCCAAACAAUGUAGUUCAUGUGAGACUAAACAGAAAUGUAAUUCAUGCAUUCAUGGAUAUAUCAAUCCAAGGGAUGGUCAAGUUUUCCAGUGCUAAGUUAGUAAGACAUAUAAAUUUAUAAUUUUUUUUAAGGCUGCCCAAUCUAUUAGGAAACUUGUUAGAUGAAUGAAUCUGGAUUAGCUGUUACGACCUAAAAUUGUGCUUAAAAUUAUGCAAGAUUUGAUGUAAAUUAUUGCGUUUGUAUUUAUAUUAUUAAAAGCCUUUAUAGAUUGUACGGAUUCAUGUUAUUCGUGUUAUUUUUAUAGGAGGCCUGAUGGCGUAUAAAUCUUUACUUGUAGUUAGUGUUAAUAAGGCUAUAAAUUAUUGCUCAAAUAUAAUAGUACUGUCUUUUAACAAAAUGAGUGUUAAAGCAAUAAGGACUGUGCAUCAGAAUAGCAAUUCUCACCUGUAUAUGAAUAAACACAACCUGAUGGUUCUAUAUAUGUAAAUUAUUAUGAUGUAAAAUUAUAUUAAAAGUAUUUAGGUGUCAUGUAGACAAUGUAUUUUAGGAUAUUUCUAUUAAUAUGUUACAAAAUAUGAUUAGGGUUGUAAACCAUACACUAAAAGAUCAGAUAAUUGCUUCUAAAUAAGCCAUAAAAAUAGCAAUUAAUGUAUAGCUUGCUAACCAUGGUAUUCAUUAAAACCUGAUGGAACAUGCACAUCUGAUCGUAUAAGUUGUGGUCCUAUGUGUCAAACAUGUUUGGACAAUAAUCCUCAAUUUUGUACAAGUUGUGAUGGAUUAAAAUUUCUAACUCUUGAUCCUAUUAAUGGUACUUGCUCAUGUUAACCACCUAAUGGUUAAUAUCUUGAAUUUUGUAAACCAUGUAAAGAUGGGUAUUGUAAUGAAUGUGAAAUUAAUGAUUUUUUUUCAUGUAUCUCAUGUAAACCAGAAAUAAAUAGAAUGCUAGUGAAUAAAGAAUGUGUUUGUGUACCUGGUACAUAUGAUGCUGGAAACGAUGAUUAAAUUUGUGUUGGUAUAUUUAUUUAUUCAUAUUUUAAGCUUGUGAUAAAUCUUGCUUAACUUGUUCAUCAAUUUCAGAAUGUACUGAAUGCUUAGAUGAAAGUAUAUCUUUCAGGAUUAAGAUUGAUCAUUUUUGUCUAUGUAAAAUUGGGUAUGCUGAAUAUUAAAUUAAAGAAACUCAAUGCGGAUGUAUUUUCUAAAUUAAUUAAUUAAGUAUGUCAUCCAAGAUGUCGAACCUGUUUCUAACCUGCUGAUGAAACUACAAACUAAUAUUGUCUAACUUGUAAUCCUGAUGAAAAUCGUAUUUUAUCAGAGGAAUUCAAAUGUGAAUGCAAAGAUAAUUAUGGUGAUAAUAAUGGAACUAUAAAUAUUUGUUUCAGUAAAUUACAUUUAUUAUCAUAGCUUGUGAUUAUACUUGUGGAAGCUGUUAUAAUUCUCAAUCAACAGGAUGUGUAACUUGUUUAGAAAGUUCAAGUAGAUACUUGACAAUCUUAGAUCAAUGUUUAUGUAAACCAUCAUCUUAUGAUGAUUUUACAGAUAAUAUUCAAUGCUAAAGUAAUUAUAUAUUAAUUAUAUAAUUAAUAGAAUGUCAUUACGCUUGUUAACAAUGUGCUAACAGUUCUGAAAAAGCUGCUUGUACAGAAUGUCCUGAAACUCGAAUACCUAGUAAUCCAUCAGCUAGUAAUUAUGAGUGUAUUUGUCAAUAUUCUAACUUUUUUGAUGAUGGGUUAUCACUAGCAUGCCAAUAAUGUCAUUUUACUUGUACAAGUUGUAAUGGACCACUUUCAUCUAACUGUUUAACAUGUGAUAACACAUAUAGAUAGCUUGACUUUUCUACAUGCAUCUGCCCACCUAAAUAUUAUGAUAUUGGAGAAUUAUAAUGUGCAGGUAUAUUUAUUAAAAAUUAUAAAUAGGUUGUCACUAUUCUUGUCAAAAAUGUUUUGAUAAUACUGAAAAUGGUUGCAUCGUUUGUUCAUUUGAACUUGAUUUUAGAGUAUUAAAAGGUAACACAUGCAAAUGUGAUAAUGGAUAUUUUGAAGAAUUAGAAUAAGCAUAGUGUAGCAGUAAUUAGAUAAAUUAUUAAUUUAUAGAAUGCUCUUAUAAAUGCGAAACUUGUGUUACUCAAGCAGAGAAUUGUAUAACUUGUCCAUCAAAUUCUCUUCGUAUUCUAGACCCAAUAAAAGGUUGUUUUUGUUCUGGAGAAUUAUAUGAUAAAGAAAACGAGAUAACCUGUUAAAGUAUUUAGUUUACUAAUUAAUUAAAGAAUGUCACUUUAAAUGCAAAGCUUGUACUACUUUUGGGGAAGAUAAAUGUCUUGCUUGUGAUUCUAUUGCAAAUAGAGAAUUAAAAGAGGAUUAAUGCAAAUGUAAACCUCAUUACUUUGAAAUGGAAGUUUAGGAAUGCCCAGGUAAUUAUUAACAUUAUAUUUAGUUUGUAGUGCCUACUGUUAUGAAUGUAUAAACAAAUUCGAUAAUUGUACUUCUUGUAAUGAGGACAGAUAUUUAGAUGGAAGUACUUGUGAAUGCAUCACCAAAAUUUUGGGUGGUAUUAUAAGUACAUUUGACUUUAAUGGAUAAAUUAAAUGUUAAAGUAUCAAAUUCAUUAAAUAUUAGAAUGCCAUUAUUCUUGUGGAUCUUGUGAUGGUACUGAAGAAACAGAUUGUCUUACUUGUAUGGAAAAUGAAAAUAGAAUUUAAGUAGGAAAGACUUGUGUCUGUAAAGAUGGUUAUUAUAAUAGAGGAUUACCUGUAUGUGAAAGUAUUAAUGAAUUUUAUUAAUAGAAUGUGGUUAUUAAUGUAAAAAUUGUAAGUAAUAGUCAAAUAGCUGUACCUCAUGUCAAGAUAAUACCUUUAGAAUAUUAAUUUCAAGUUUUAAUAAAUGCUAAUGUAUAUAAAGAUAUUAUGAUGACGGAUAGAAUGAAAUUUGUCAAGGUACUUAUUAUUUAAAAUAAUUUAUAGAAUGCCAUUAUUCAUGUUAUAGAUGCAAUGAUAUUUCAACUAAAUGUGAGUUUUGCUCUGUUGAAUCAAAUAGAAGUUAUAAUGAACAACUUUUUACAUGUGAUUGUAACUUAGGAUAUUAUGAUUUUGGUAUUGAAAUUUGCUAAAAAUGUCACUAUUCAUGUUUAAAUUGUAGUUCAGGAGAUUCUAAUUCUUGUAUAUCAUGUGUAAAUUCAAAUACAUCUAAAAGAGCAUUCUAUAAUAAUACUUGUAAUUGUUUUUUCGGAUAUUAUGAUGAUGGUAAAUUAGUUGAGUGUUAAAAGUGCGAUGUUCAAUGUCUAAGUUGCAUAGAAUAAUCUUAUUAGUGCUUAUCAUGUCCUUAAACUAGAUUAAUCUAAAGCAAUUGCAAAUGCGCAGAAGGAUAUUAUGAUAUUGGGGAGUAACUUUGCUUAAAAUGUAAUCAAAAUUGUAUGUCAUGUGAACUUAAUUCAAAUAAGUGUACAUCUUGUUAUAUUGAAUAAUUUCGAGUGCUUAACUUAAUUAAUAAAACAUGCGAUUGUUAAAUUGGAUAUACUGAAAUAGAUGGAAUAUGUUAAAAAUGUUAAGAUUGUUGUUUAACCUGCUCAUAAUCAAUUAAUAAUUGUACUUCCUGUGGUUAAUUCCGAUUCCUGAAAAAUAAUACUUGUGUUUGUAAUGAUGGAAUGUUUGAAUCUGAUAUAGAUAAAUCAUGUAAACUUUGCGAUAAAACUUGUUUAACUUGUAGUUCAUCUGAAACUCAUUGUUUAACAUGUUCAAUUGAUAAUCAUAGAUAAUUAUAACUUGGAAAUAUAUGUGAAUGUUCAUAAGGAUAUUUUGAAAAUCCAACUACUAAAAAUUGUGAAUAAUGUGAAGAAUCAUGUUUGACUUGUUCUUUAUUAUCUAAUAAUUGUUAAACAUGUGAUUCUAGUCUUCAUUUAUCAUUGGUAGGUAAUAUAUGUUAAUGUUCACAAUCUUACUAUUUUAAUUCUUUGAACAAAUAAUGUGAAGGUAAUUAUUAAUUUAUAUCUAGAAUGCAAUAUUACUUGUCUAGAAUGUUCUAAUAAUAAUUAAUGUACUUUAUGUAGAUAAACAACCAGACACUUAGAUUAAGAUCAAAAGAAAUGUUUGUGUAAUGAUGGCUAUUAUGAAACUAACUAAAAAAAUUGCCAAUGUAUUCUAUUAUUUUUUAUCAUUUAUAGAAUGCUAUUUUUCAUGUGAGACAUGUGAAAAUAUUAAUACUUAUUGUUUAAGUUGCUUAGAUAUCUAUUAAAGAAUAUUAAUAAAUAAUAAAUGCUUGUGUUUAGAUGGCUAUUAUGAUGCUGGAAUAGAAUUAUGCUAGAAAUGCGUUAAUAUUUGUAAAACCUGUUAAUCCUCUGCCUCAACUUGUUUAACUUGCUUUGAAAUUGAAUAAUUUAGAAUACUUUAAGGAGAUAAAUGCAUAUGCUAACCUGGUUAUUAUGAUUAAAAUUCUAAUAUUUGUUUAAGUAAGUAUUUUUAAUUUAUAAAGAAUGUUCAAAUGAAUGUUUAACUUGUAAUGGAUCAGCUGAUUAUUGUACAAGUUGUGAUACCAAUUAAAAACGAGUUGAUUAAUCAAUAAUCCAUAAAUGUCCUUGUAUUAUUGGAUUUUAUUCGGAUCAAGAUUCUAUUUGUUAAAGUAAUUUUAAGAUAGUAAUUAUUAGAAUGUCAUAUUAAAUGCUAAACAUGUAUCAAUUCAUUUGAUAAAUGUUCAAGCUGUAAAUUUGGAUUAAAUUUAAAUAGAAUGCCCAUUUCUGGAUUAUGUGAUUGUAAAGAUGGAUAUUUUGAUGAUGGAACUCAACUUUAAUGCUAAAGAUGCCAUUUCAAGUGUAAACUUUGCUAAAAUAAAAUUGAUAAUUGCUUAAUUUGUUCAAAUUCUUUAAGAAUCAAUUAACCAACUUGUAAUUGUAUGAAUGGAUAUUACGAAGAUGAAUAAUUCUCUUGUUAAAGUAAGUCAUAUUUAUUAUAUAAGUUUGUGCUCCUUAAUGUGAUACAUGUUAAGGUUCCCCCUCCAACUGUUUGACUUGUAAACCAGGAAGAGUUGGAAAUGAUUGUGAAUGUGUUGAUGGAUAUUUAGAAAUGGGAUCAAUUUUUUGUGAAUGUAUUCCAUUAUUAAACUUAUUUAGAAUGUGCAUUUCAAUGUUCUACUUGUACUUUAGAUUCUAAAAAUUGUAAAACUUGUAAAGGUAAUAGAAUCUAAAUACCUUAAUGUAUAUGCCAAUCUGGAUAUUUUGAUGAUUCAAUUAAUGAAGAUUGUUAAUAAUGCGCAAGUAAAUGUUCAGAAUGCAAUAUUGAUGGAUGUCUAUCUUGUUUUGCUAAUAGAAUAUUAGAUGAAGAAAUGGAUUGUAUACCUCCACCAAACUCAAUUUGGUAUGAUAAUACUCCUUGGUGUUCAAGUAAAUUAUUUUCAAUAUUAUAAAUAGCUUGCCAAGUCGCAGUUGUUAAAAUCUAUUUAUCCGACGAUAUUAGCAAGAUUAUUGUUCAUUUUGAUUUUCCUUUGAAUUCAAAAGGAUUUAACUUAUAAUUUGAACUUAAUAAAUGCCUGUAAUUAUUUGAAUAAGAAACUGUAUAAAGUUUUGGUUAGAAUGCUGUCUGUUACCUUAAUCCAACAAAUAAUCAAGAAAUAUUAAUUUAAUUAGGGUAUAGUUCAACAAUUAAUAUUGGAGACGAAAUCUUAUUUGUAAGUAAUUCUUUGUCUCAUAUUGAUUGCGAAAAUUCUCUACAACAAUUUAUAUUUACAACUUUAUAGAUGCCAGUAAAUCCACUUCUUCCUAAAAUAGAAUAUGAUGUUCCACUUCAUAAACUUAAUCCAAAAGCAGAAAACUCAGUAAUUUUAAAUUCACUCAAAAAUUAUGGAUUUCGAAAACUAAAUAAUAUAGUUUGGAAAUGUGAAGUAGAAGGAAGUGAAGAUACAUCAGCUCUUUAUGAAUUCUUAAAUUAUAUUAACUUUAUAUAGGAAUAUAAUCUAAUGAUACCUCGAAGUACUUUACCAUCUAAUUCAGUAUUAAAAUUUAUGAUUAAAUAUUCAAAUUUCAUUGGAAUUGACUCCCAUACAUAAUUUACACUAUUUACUCAUUCAGGAGAUCUUCCUUAAAUUAAUUUAAUUGUAAAAUCCUAAUAUUUUCUUUAUGAAUCAAUAAAAAUUUCUGUUUCUGUUGGAAAUUUAGAUGAAGUUAACACAAAAUAUUAAAUUGAGUUAUUUGAAAUAGAUAAGAAACCUAAAAAAUCAUUAUCUUCAGGAUUAAAUAUAUCAACAGAAGUUAAUUCAUUUGAGAUUGUUUAUGGAAAUAUUUCAAAAUACACAUUAAGUCCUAAUACAACUUAUACAUUUUAAGUUUUUGCUAAAAAUAUGAAUUCUAAUUAAAUCCAAAAUUAAAUAUUCACAAUUGAUAUUCCUUUUUCUGGGUUGAUUUGCAACUUUAAUAAUCAAGGAAUUUAGAGCAUAAAAAAAGAUCUUCAUCUCUAUAUUGAAUGCAAAGAUUUAGAUACAAAAUAUGAAUGGAACAAAGAUCCAGAUUUAAAUAUUUAGGUUUCGUGUAAUGAUCUAUCAUAAAAUAGGACUUGUUAAAGUUAAUAAAAAUAACUCAUUAAUGUGAAUAAAACUGAUUUUAUUCAAUAUAUCAAGAAGAAUACCAUACCUGCCUAUAAUGUUUAAAAAUGGACAGUAAAUGUUUAAAAAUUUGAAUAAACUUCUCAAAUUGACUUAAUUAUCGUUUAUCUUGAUGAUGAUUUUCCUUAAUUAGAACUUGAAUAUAAUUAGGGCUAUUUUAUGAGAAAGAUUAAUAAUUAUGAAAAGCUUAAUUUUACAUUUAUAAUUCCAAUUCAUUAGAAACCCAAUUUAUUAGAACUUUCUAUUACAAUUAUAUACAACUAUGAAAUAAUAGAGAUAAUUCAACCAAAAUAUGUUUCCCAUUCCUUUAAAAUAUUUAAUAGUAUUAAAGAAUUGAUACAUGGAAACAGCGUCAACCUAAAAUUUUCAGCUUAAUUUACAAACAAUAUAAUGCCAAGUUUAAAUCCUUUAAAAUUAAGUGUCAAUUAGCCUCCUUCUUGUUCAAAAUUGUAAAUUACUCGCUCAAGUGACUUAGCACUUACCAAUAUUUAAAUAGCAACUACUUGUUAACAAUCUGAUGAUUCACCUUAUAAAUAUUAACUUAGAAUAUUUUUGAGAGAAAUACAUCUAACAAAUUUUUUAGAAGGACAAUCUGAUUAUUCCUUGAUUCUUUAAUCAUUUCAGAAAUUAAAUUAAUUCUCAAUUCAAACACCUUCUUCUGUGAAUUCAUCAAAAAUUGGAAUUUUAUUGUAAGUGCUUGAUAGUAGAGGGUCAAUUACUUAACUUUAUGAGAAGAUUAAAACAAAGCCUGCUUAAUUAAAUUGUUCUAAAAUAUAAUUUGAAAAUUUGAAUUUAUAAAGCAAAAUUUUAUUGUUGUUUGAAGCAAUGAAUCAGAAAUGUGAUUAACUUCAUCAUUAAAUUUAUCUUAAUUUGCUCAAAUAAUAAGUCUUUUCAGACCCAAAUGAUAACAUCCUUAAAUUUUAGGCAAUAAAAUUAUAUAAGGAAUUUUUGAUUUCAACAGGAUCCAAUUAAUCUGUUAAUAGAAUAUUAAAUGAAGAUACUCAAAAGUAUUGUUAUGAUAUAAAUUCAACCCAUUUAUUUAUUACUCCAAGUUCAACAGAAUAAAAUUAAAAUUUAACCAAUAAAAUUGAAAAAUUUAAAGAAAAUCUUAAUAAUUUAGACAAAACUCUUCAGUAUUUUAUUAAAAUGAAAAAGUAAAUUCAAGAAGAGCUUAAUGAGAAUUAAUUCACUUGGAAUGAAGAAUUCUCUCAAUAAUAAUAACACUGUGAAGAGGGUUUAAUAGCUUUACUAUAUUAUCUUGAUGAGAUUUAUUCGGAUAUUUCUGUAGUAAAUGCAAAAAAUGAAACUAUUUUCAAAAGUAUUGUUGAGUUAUUGAAACGUAUCAAUAUAAUAGUAGAUUAAAUAUAAAAUACAAUUUUGGUAAACUCUAAACCUUUAUCUAUUGUUGGAAAUGAGAUUAUUUGGCAGAUUAAAAGAAAAACAAAAUAAUAUUUUAAUGAAUAUUUUAAUAUUGAAUCAUCUUAAGUAGACUAUUUGGUUGAUUUUAUUCAAUUUGAAUAAACAUAUCUUAAAUCAAAUCCGUUAAAAUUUUCUUUAGAUAUAGAAAGACAACUUUAAAAAUAAUUUAAUGACUAAACUUUACAAGUUUAUCCAGAAAAUUAUUACUAAUUUUAAUUAAAAAAUGCCUAUCAUAACAGAUUUAUUUCAUAUGAAAAUCUUUCAUUGUAAUAUAACUCAAAUUUUUUUACAUAUAAAGUGUGUUCAGAUAACACAUAACCAUUUGAAGAGUAUGAAAUCUAGUGUGUAAUGAGAACCUUAUCUAUGGAAUUCAAUUAAUGUAUGUUGAUAAAAGUUAAAAAGAAUGAAACUUUUGAAUUUUAUUGUCAAUGCAAGAAUGUAGGGGAUAUUUUCUUAACUACAUCAACUAAUUUUAGUUAAGUAAUUUAAGACACUAUUAAUAAAGAAAUUUAUGUUAAUGUUAAUUCAACCAUAUAAGAUUUACUAAUAUUAAGAAUAUGUACAUGUUCUUUAACAGUAAUAUUUAUUUCAAUUUAUGUUUAUUAAUUAAAAAAAGAUUGUUAAGACGAGAAAAAGCAAUUGUAAACUGAAGAAGGGAACUUGUAGGAACCAAAUAUUUAAGAUAAAAAUUUUAUUUACCAAGGUAACGCAAAAGUAUUCAAAGAUAAAUUAAAGGUAAUUUUAAAAUAUUAUUAUUAGUAAAUCCAUCAAACUAUAUCUUUAUUUUAUUAUAAAGAAAAAACCAUUUAACUAAGUUAUAGGAUUUUAGAAGUUUUCACUUAGUCUAAUUUAUUAUUAACCUUAGCUAUUAUAGAAUGUUAUUGGUUAGAAAAUUAGAUUGUUUAUAUUUGUUUAUUUGCUAUAGCAAAUCCAAUUGUCAUUUUGAUAUUGAGAAUUCUUUAUAAGAUAAUAGAAUCAGUCUAUAUGUUUGGGAAAAUUGCUGCUCUUAUCAGUCAUUUGCUUCUGAUAAUUCUUUUGAUAAUACCGAUCUCUAUUUUAUUUCUUUUCUAAUUAUUGAAGUAUUUUAUUAGAUUAAUUUAGUUUAUCUAUGUAAUCAAAAUAAUAUGAAGUUUUUAUUAUAUUUGGAGGGAAUAUAAUAAUUUCUUAAAUCCUUAUAGAACCAUUUACAAUAUAUGCCAGAAUAACAAUUUAUCGGUUGAUAGCACAUAGUAUAAAGAACAGGGAACUAAACCCCAUCUUUCAUUUAUUGCAUUUUUUUGUCAUGCAUAGCAUUUUAGAAGAGAUUUUUGAUGAUUUUGCAAGAAUAUGA